AUGCCCUCUCGGACGCAAACCGAUGUCCUUCUCCCAAUGGACCGCGGUCCCUUUGGCACUCAGCCUGCGGUGGCUACAAUUUCCCAGAAUAGAGGCUACAGAGCCUUUGCCCAGCACGACCAGGAUUCCGACCGACGCCCAUCCACCGCCCCGGGAAACCGGAAUGGCCUCCCCCGACCAGCUCAUCCUCCUAGUCGCGCCGAGUCGAUAAUGUCCGUCCAGUCGAGCCCCAAGACCCAGACGGCGAAACCACACCUCUUGAGAUCGAAGAGCGAACAUGUCCUUCGAAAUGACGACCCAGACCUAGACGAUACCGACGAGGAGGUCUACAACUGGGGCGCGAGGCAUGGAUUCGAGGACCAUUACCAGUCCGAAGACAUCAUCUCACAACUAGCGAGCAAUUGGUACAUGUAUUUCACCGAUAAACGUCACGAGACCACCGGCAAACCAAAGUCGCCGCCCUACGAGCUACAAGACUGGAGGAUGCGGGACAGGCUAAAAACGGUUUCGGCAGCACUGGCCGUCUGUCUCAACAUUGGAGUUGAGCCUCCUGACCAGUUAAAAACCAAUCCAGGCGCCAAGCUGGAGGCAUGGACCGAUCCCACUAUUCCCCCGGGUCAGAAAGCCCUCGAGAAUAUCGGAAAAUCCCUGCAAGCUCAGUACGAAACCCUCGCCAUAAGGACUCGUUAUAAGCAGUACCUUGACCCUUCGGUGGAGGAGACGAAGAAGUUUUGCAUUUCCUUGAGGAAAAACGCCAAAGAUGAGCGUGUUCUCUUCCAUUACAACGGACACGGCGUCCCCAAACCCACGGCGUCGGGCGAGAUAUGGGUCUUCAACAAGACUUAUACUCAGUAUAUCCCAGUUUCCCUCUACGAUCUUCAGCAUUGGCUCCAGGCCCCUACCAUGUUUAUCUGGGACUGCUCAGAGGCGGGAAACAUUUUGAAGAACUACCAUCGCUUCGUGGAGAAGCACGAGCAAGAGGAGGACGAGGCGGCAGCUCGCGAUCCUAAUCACUACCGUAUCAGUUACCGACCCUACAUCCACCUAGCCGCAUGCGCGGUCAAAGAGAACCUCCCCACGAACCCGCGCCUUCCGGCAGACCUAUUCACUGCCUGCUUGACCACUCCUAUAGAAAUGGCCCUCUGGUUCUUCGUUCUCCAGAACCCUCUGAAGACAUCCAUCACACCUGAAAGAGCCAAGAAACUUCCCGGGCGCUUACAAGAGCGAAGGACACCGCUCGGGGAGCUGAACUGGAUUUUCACGGCUAUUACCGAUACAAUUGCUUGGACGACACUUCCUCGUCCCCUCUUCCGCAAGUUCUUCCGGCAGGACUUGAUGGUAGCCGCUCUCUUCCGAAACUUUCUCCUCGCCCAACGCAUCAUGUCGGUGUACGGAUGCCACCCCCAAUCAUAUCCCGAGCUACCAGACACGCGGCAGCAUCCGCUUUGGCAGAGCUGGGAUUUGGCUGUCGAUAUGGCCCUCGCCCAGCUACCCAUGCUCGAGAAGAAGGAAGCCGAGGGUAUAGAAUACGAGUACCAAAACUCGACAUUCUUUACGGAGCAGCUGACUGCUUUCGACGUCUACCUUACGCGGGGCGACGCCAUGGCCCAGCGCCCGCCGGAGCAGCUGCCCGUUGUUCUCCAGGUGCUUCUCAGUCAGCAUCAUCGAGUCCGAGCGUUGAUUCUACUCGGUCGAUUCCUAGAUCUUGGUCCUUGGGCCGUCGAGCUAGCCUUGAGCAUAGGCAUAUUCCCCUACGUUCUCAAGCUUCUCCAGUCGACCGCCACUGAGCUUAAGCCGAUCAUGGUGUUCAUCUGGACCAGAAUUCUAGCUGUCGACAUCACCUGCCAGCAGGAUCUCAUCAAGGACAGCGGAUAUAACUACUUCGCGCAGAUCCUUAGGCCAUCCGAGCUCCUUCCCGUAGUCGACGGCGACGAGCACAAGGCCAUGUGUGCCUUUAUCCUUACCAUGGUCUGCAGGUCUCAUGUUGCUGGCCAGCGUAAUUGCAAUGAUGCAAACAUCAUGUCGCAUUGCCUAGUCCAUUUGCAGAACGAUGCUAAUUUCCUCCUCCGGCAAUGGGCUUGUCUUUGUAUCAGUCAGCUGUGGCAAGAUUUCCCCGAGGCAAAGUGGAAGGGCAUUCGCGAAAAUGCUCACGGGAAGCUGUCCCUCCUGACCAAGGACCCUUGUUGCGAAGUCCGCGCAGCGAUGCUGCAUGCCAUGACGACGUUCCUCGGCAUUCCCGACAUAACAGAUGAAGUCGCAAAGACGGAAGAAUCUCUCGCCUGGACGAUACUCGACAUGGCUAAUGAUGGAAGCCCAAUGGUGCGCAAGGAGCUUGUCGUCUUCCUGUCCCAUUUCGUCCUCCGUUAUGAGAACAAGUUUAUCGUCGCAGCCUUCGAGCACCUCUUGGAAGAGAAAGAGUAUCUCCAGUAUCCGCCGCGUGAGGAUGGCUCCGAGCAGAAGCUUGGCCUUCACUAUGCCCGUCCCGACAACCGCGAAGUCGACGGAACCAUCAAACCCACGGUGCACGGCCUUGCGCACAAUACAAUCUUUGCCGCCUGCUGGAAGCAUGUCUUGGUCAUGAGUGUCGAUCCCAAUCCGGAGGUCCAACAAGCCGCUACCAUCAUCGUGGACUACGUGCACAACGCCCUUUUAGCAUCCACGGUCGGUGCCCAGGCGCGAAGUCUUAUGGACGAAAUCAAGCGGAAGACUAUGCGAGCGGCAGCCAAGGCUCAUUCCAAGAGCCACCAACGUUCGAGCCUGAUGGGCACCUCUGGCGGCAUAGGCACAUCUCCGCUACCGUCCCCGGGUCUCCUCCGCAGGACGGCGAGUUUUCUGCUCCCGUUUCCCCUGUUUGGAGGCGAGGACAAGUCAAGCCAGUCCACUCCAGCGCCAUCACCGACAGUGCCGAAGGCUCCAUCAAUUAAGCUGGGGAUCGCGCCCGGGAACAUAACGGCGCCGCCGGAGCAGAGCGACGAGGCGAGCGUGUCGGCCAACUACCACGCUGCCAAGGAGCCCGUCUCCGGCGGGUUCGAGGAGCGGGAUCUUUCCGCUCUACCCACCCUCCCACUCAAGAGCACUUUCCUAGACUGGUCGAUCGAGUAUUUCCGAGAACCGCAGAUGAAGCCGACAGAGUCCGAUGAACCUGGCAGUACCGAGUACAACGAACGACUCUGGCGGCGAUCGCGGAACGAGACGAUUCUCCGAGAGACGCAACCCCAAAAACAGUAUGCGGGCAGUCACAAGUGGAAUAAUUCUCUCGUCAUGCUCAACAACGGCGUUCAGCCGGCCAAGAUGACGUUCCACCAAUACGAAGACCAUCUCGCCGUUGCCGACGACGGCAACACCGUCGCCAUCUGGGACUGGAAGAAGCAAGGCCGAUUGGCGAGGUUUUCCAACGGCAAUCCCGAGGGAUCCAGGAUCAGCGACAUGAAGUUCAUUAACGAGGACGAUCAAGGAUUCCUGAUGACUGGUUCUUCGGAUGGCGUAAUUCGCGUAUACAGGAAUUACGACAACGAAAAGCAGAUAGAGCUGGCUUCGGCCUGGAGGGCACUCACCCACAUGGUGCCGAGCACGGUGAACUCUGGGAUGGUGUUCGACUGGCAGCAAGUCUCCGGGCGAGUGCUGGUGGCGGGAGACGUCCGGGUCAUUCGGGUGUGGUACGCCGCCCACGAGACUUGCGUCAAGGAUAUUCCCGCGCGGUCCGGGUCCUGCGUAACAGCGCUCACCUCGGAUCAAAUGACGGGCAACUUCUUCGUCGCCGGAUUCGGCGACGGUGCCGUCCGGGUGUUUGAUCUGCGGAACCGUCCGCAAGAGUCAAUGGUGAGGAAGUGGAAGGAUGACAAGGAUAGGCAGUGGAUCAAGGCUGUCCACAUGCAGAGGGGUGGUCAGCGAGAACUCCUCAGUGCAAGUCGAAAUGGCAAGGUCAAACUCUGGGACAUUCGGAUGGAUAAGCCUCUCCAUGUUUACCAGGUUACAAAGGAUACUCUGAUGACAGCUAGUGUUCAUGAACACUUGCCAGUCUUUGCUGUUGGAACAUCUGCAUACACCGCCAAGGUGUUCAACUUUGAUGGCCAGGAACUAUCACGAAUCGAGCCGUACUCAAGCUUCCUGCAACAGAAUCGCGGAGGCCCGAUUACAGCUACCGCAUUCCAUCCCCACAGGGCCAUACUCGGGUGUGCAGGCCGAGGAGACAGCCAUAUCAACCUCUUCAGUUGUGAGAAGCGAGAUUCUACUACCUCGCAUGCUGAGAAGGGGUUGCGCUAUUAA